AUGGCGGCCACGGAGGGGAUGGAAAAGGUUUAUGGAGGAGGCUAUGGCAAAAGGGCCGGGGGGGGUGGAUACGGACACGGUCAUGGGGGACACGGUGGCGGGUAUGGCAAAGGACAUGGGGACACGGCGGCGGAUAUGGGGAAGGACAUGGAGGUCAUGGCGGCGGAUAUGGCAAAGGACAUGGAGGCCACGGGGGCGGAUAUGGCAAAGGACAUGGCGGCGGCGGAUACGGACAUGGGGGACAUGGCGGCGGAGGAUACGGACAUGGAGGACACGGAGGGAUACCACUAG